GAGAGAGAGAGAGAGAGAGAGAGAGAGAGAGAGAGACUGACCAGCAGAGGAAAGAACAGACAUUAGACAGUCUGAGAGAGGAGUGAAAAACUGAUAAUGGAUUUCAAGUCAGUAAUGGAAAGUUUGGAUCCCAAAUUUCUCAAGCGCUUAAAGACAGCAGAGGUUGAGGGAGUCACUUUGAUCAAGGACACAGUGGAGCAGUGGGAUGCGAUAUGGAAUUUUAAAGCCCGGCCGGAUGAUCUUCUCAUUUGCACUUACCCCAAAGCAGGGACCACCUGGAUUCAGGAAAUUGUGGACAUGCUCCAGCAGGGAGGAGACCUACAGAAAUGUGCUCGGGCUCCCAUCUACGAACGGAUGCCCUUCAUAGAAUUGUGCCCGCCAAAACCCAUACGUACAGGUUUCGAAGAGGCGGAGGCGAUGCCCUCUCCGCGCACCCUCAAAUCUCACCUCCCAGUUCAUCUCCUGCCCCCUUCCUUCUGGGAGCAGAACUGCAAGAUCAUUUAUGUGGCCAGGAAUGCCAAGGACAAUGCGGUCUCCUACUUCCACUUCCACUGCAUGGGAAAGCUGAUGCCGGAGCCAGGAAACUGGGAUGAGUUCCUGGAGAAUUUCAUUGCUGGGAAGGUCGCCUGGGGCUCUUGGUUUGACCAUGUUCAGCAUUGGUGGGAAGCUAAGGACCGUCACCCGAUUCUGUACCUCUUUUAUGAAGACAUGAAGGAGGACCCAGCCCGGGAAAUCCAAAAGGUAGCCCAAUUCCUGGGCAUAGAGCUCCCGGAACCACUUCUUAACCGGAUAGUGCAGCACACACAGUUCGAGAGCAUGAAAGCAAAUCCAAUGGUUAAUUACACCACCAUGUCUCCUGCCUUCUUAGACCAUGACGUUUCUCCAUUCAUGAGAAAAGGGACCGUAGGAAACUGGAAGGAGCACUUCACGGUGGCGCAAAGUGAACGGCUGGACGACAUCUAUGCUCGGGAACUGGGGAACAGCAGCCUGAACUUCCGCACUCAGCUAUAAGCACACCACCGUGCCUCUUACAAAACCGUUUUCACCCAGACGCACCUGUUGAUUUCACCUGCACCACGGGAAACAAGUCGUGGGUUCACAAGCAUCCGAGCGCAUAUUGUGGGCCCUUUGUGACCUUGGAUUUUGCUACUGCCCAGAGAGCUUUGAACCGCCCAGAGAGCUUUGUGAA